CGUGUUUUGUUUCUAGUGAUAGCUUUGCUCUUGCUCGCUCUCCUCGCCUGGGCGACUGGACUCCGUGUGCGCCUCCUCCUUCAUCCACUGCGCCAUCUCCUCCAGCUGCAGCAGGCCGGCGCGGCGUUGCCUCCGCUUGCUCCCCCCUCGCGCUCGCCGCCGGCAUUCCGGCAGUUCCAGCUCCGGACGUUCCAGAGUGUAGCGCCGCGAUGGGUGACCCGAGCGCCUCCGCCGACCCCGCCGCCGCGCGCCACCACCUCUCGCCACAGCUCGCGGGGCAGCCGCCGGUGCCGCGCUCGCCGGCCCCGCUCGACCUGGCCUCCGCCGCCGCGGCGUCCGGGCACCGCCGCCUCUCGCCGUCGCUCCGGCCGCCGGCGCACCCGCAGGCGCGCCUCCCGUCGCCCUACGGCCAGAUCUCUUCGCCAGGCGCCGCCGCGCACCACGCGCUCUCGCUCUCCCAGCCGCUCUUCUUCUCGCUCGACUCGCUCCCGCCGCCGCCGCCGCCGUACGCUGAUCUGGGCGCCGCGCCCGCCGUGCCGGCGCCCUCCCCGCCGCCGUCGACCUCGGACCCGCCGCCGCCGCUCGGCCUGCCGCCCAGGAGGUCCGGCCACCGCCGCUCGCAGAGCGACAUCCCCUUCGGCCUCGCGCAGCUCAGCCCGCCGCUGCCCCCGCCGGCACCGGUCAAGCGCGAGGUCGCCACUGCGGCCGAGGGCGGCGACGGCGAUGACGCCGCCUUCUUCGACCUCGUCAACGCCUACAUGGACCUGGACGGUCUGGACCCGCUCAACUCCUCUGAGGACCGCCACGACGACCGCGACAGCCGCGCCAGCGGCACCACGCGCGCCGGGAGCGCGGCGGAGAGCAGCGAGAACGAGGCGGAGAGCCAGUCCACGUCGGCGGACAGGAAGGACGGGGGCAAGUCCCGCCAUUGUCGCAGCCUGUCCAUGGACAGCUUCAUGGGCAAGCUCAACUUCGCCGCAGGGGAUGAGUCUCCAAAGCUGCCGCUGCCGUCUCCUCGUGCCAGUGGCAGCCUCACUAGGAGCGGGAGCGGCUCACUGGAAGGUGGUGCUGUCGCGCUGUUUGACAUGGAGUUCUCCAAUGGAGAGUUUACUGAGUCCGAGAAGAAGAAAAUCAUGGCGAAUGAGCGGCUUGCUGAGAUAGCUUUGACGGAUCCUAAGAGGGUCAAGAGGAUUCUGGCAAAUCGGCAGUCAGCAGCAAGGUCAAAGGAGCGCAAGAUGAGGUACAUUCAGGAGCUUGAGCAUAAGGUGCAAGUGCUGCAGACAGAGGCUACGACACUCUCAGCACAGUUGACAAUGCUGCAGAGGGACUCAGCUGGACUGGCUACUCAGAACAACGAGUUGAAAAUUAGGCUGCAAGCCAUGGAGCAACAAGCACAGCUGAGAGAUGCCCUGAAUGAAGCGUUAACGGGCGAGGUCCAGCGUCUGAAACUCGCAACUGGGGAGAUGACCGAUGGGCCUAUGCCGAAGGGCCUGCAGCAGCAGAUGAACUCCCAGAUGCUGCAGCUCCAGCAGCUGCAGAUCCAGCAGCAGGCGCCCCCACAACAGACGCAGCAGCAAGGCCAGCGACAACAGCCGCAGAAGUCGGCGUAAAGACCGUGGCUGAGAGGAGGACGCGGAAGCGAAUUGAGCAUUGGCCAAGGCCAACUGAAGGAUGCCGGGUGGGAAAAGAAAGAACCCCAAUCUUUUGCCGUAUAUAUAUAUUAUCAGACAGGUUGUAGGAUAGCAGCAACAGCAGUAGGGCGGGCGAGGGACCCCGUUGGCCCCGCGCGAUUUGAGUUGUUUUCGCCGGAUACCGUAACCUUAGCUGGAGUCUGUCGUCGUCUUGGUGUCGUGCCUGCCUGCCUAGUGUUGAUGAGGCGUCUUGGUAGCGUCCCUUGGAACGCCCUCUCGGAGCCGGAGGUGCUUCUUUUGCUUCUUUUGUCUAUAUAGAUAAUUAUAUGUGCAUGGGAACCUGCGUAGUACUGCAGUUAUUAUUAUUAUCAUUGUUAAUUUAUUAU